AUGGCUGCCGAGACUCCCAAACUUCUCUGGAAUCCUGAUAACGUCAAGGAUGUUGCAGAGUCGGUCGGCAUCAGCUCGCUCAACGAAGAGGCCCUCAAGUGUUUAACCCAGGAUGUUGAAUACCGCGUUGGUCAGGUCAUUGUAGAAGCUCUACGAUUCAUGCGCGCCUCGCGUCGAACAACUCUUACUGUCAACGACAUCUCGCUCGCGCUCAGGGCUCUCGACGUCGAACCCCUCUACGGCUACGAUUCUACGCGUCCGCUGCGAUACGGUGAGGCCAGUCUUGGUCCUGGUCAACCGCUUUUCUAUAUCGAAGAUGAGGAAGUCGAUUUCGAGAAGCUCAUCAAUGCGCCUCUACCCAAAGUGCCGCGCGACAUGGGUUUUACAGCGCACUGGCUCGCCAUCGAAGGAGUCCAGCCCUCCAUUCCCCAAAACCCUACGACGUCCGAAUCUCGAUCGCAAGAACUCCUUCCCAAGGGACCUGGUGCCAAUCCCGCACUAUCUGCCCUCGCAGGCAACGACAACGUCUCCAUGAAGCCUUCUGUUAAGCACAUUGUGAGCAAGGAGCUCAUACUCUACUUUGAUAAAAUUCAAGCCGCUGUUCUCGACGACAAUCCCGACGAAGAGGUGGUGCGCCUUCGACAGGCUGCUCUGGGUUCCGUGAGAGACGACCCCGGUCUCCAUCAGCUUAUUCCGUACUUCAUCACCUUCAUCAUGGAUCGCGUGACACAUCAUCUCGACGACACCUUUACUCUCAAGCAAAUGAUGGAAUUGACAAAUGCUCUGAUCGAGAACAAGAGUCUUUUCCUUGAUCCCUACGCCAGUCCACUUUCGGCACCCGCCCUUACUUGUCUCAUGGCUAGAAAACUGGGCACUGAGGAUGGUACCGACGCUCUAAAGGAGCAAUACGACCUCCGGCAGCUGGCAGCAUCUCUGGUUGGACAAAUUGCUCGCAAAUACUCGGCCUCAAACACACUUCUCCGACCCAAACUUACGCGAACAUGUCUCAAAUACUUCCUCGAUCCCACCAAGCCCCCCGCAGUCCUCUACGGUGCCAUUCAUGGUCUACUUGAAGCGGGUGGCCCAGAAGCUAUUCGCGUUCUGGUCCUGCGCAACCUAAAGACCUUUGAUUCAGGCAUUCUUCAACCUCUCAGGGAAAAGAUGGAGGGUUCAAUGGAUUACGAGAUGCUGGUCCAAGGCAUCGUACAGGCUGUCGCAUCGCUGGCGGAUCACAUCAGCUCAGACACCAACGGCAUCAACGGUUCAACCAGCGUGGAAGGCGAAGCGUCCGAGCUAAAGGAGUUCAUUGGGCCCAUUAUUGGAGGAAAGAUUGUCGCCUGCGGUAAUCGGCGGUUGAUACGUACAAUCCUGGAUGCCCGAAAUUUGGAGUAG